UGAGCGCGCGCAUCUCAGCCCCCGGCGCGACUACUGAGCCGAUCCCGGGUGCCGCCGCUCCAAUGCCCCAAGCUGCCCACUUACAUAGCGCGGACAGGGGGCUGCUGGAGCCCGUUCUACUCCUCGGUUGGUCCCACGUUAAAUGGAGACUAACGUGUCAUUUCAGAAAAGGCAUUUGAAUACAAAACUUCUGUAAGUGAGAUGGAUAAGAAAAGGAAGCUGCAUGGUAAAAGCCACAUGCCUGCUCUUGAGAAGACCUCAAAGAAAACAUUGAAAAGAAAUAAACUGGAUUUGGAUGUAGAAGACGUUGCUUUAAUACCCACCCAGGAAUACAAAGCUAAGUCCCAUCCUCGCAGUAAAUUACUUCCAUGUGAGGAACCGGAUGUCUCAAGGAUAUUGAAGAUAACUGAGAGUGGGCAAGUUGAGGAGCCUGAUGAUUCAUUUGAUCACCCUUUACACAGCACUGCUGUAGACGCUGGUGGGAAUGUGGAAUUGCAGGAAGAGGAACACAUGUCAGCUAGUGAUUCAUCUCCACAAGGGAAACAUGCAGAAACAAGAAAAAAUCAGUGUAGCUUGAAAAUGGCUGAAGAUAACAAAUCAGAGACAGAGGAUUCUGAAGACGAAUCCCUGAAGGAGAAUAAGAUACAGAAAAAGAUAUCAGGAAACGCCAUGACCAAUGUGGAGGAAUCUAAGUUACCAUCUGCAUUAGCAUUGGGGAACAGCUCUUCAGAAAGCAACAUAUCAAAUAAGGUUACAGAUUUAGUGAAGAAGUUGAAUGCACAAAAGAAGCCCAAGAACAGUGUUACUUCCCAUGUGAAACCAAAGAAGUCUUCACAAAAGAGUGCAUUAGAUCCUUCUGCUGAUGAUAGCCCAUGUUCUAUACAGAUUUGGUGCCCGAAAGGGCUGAAAAGAUUUCCCCAAGAUAUUACAGAAUUGGAUGUUGUUCUGGCUGAGUAUGAGAAGAUAACUGCAGACUACAAACAAAGGGUGGAGUCUAGGAUUUGUAGGGAAGCUAUUGAGGGCUUCUAUUCUGGCUUUAAGGACCAACUCACUAAUACUAUAACAGAAGUCCAGGAACUGAAGGAUUUGAAAAGAAAAAAUGCUAAGGUGAUCACAGACAUCAACAAGAAAAGACGGCGUUUGCUGGAAGUUAGAGAAGAACUAAUUCGGACUGGACCACAACUGAAGCAACUACAAAGAGAAUAUGCUGAGCUACAAGAGAGAGAAUCUUCUCUCAGGAACGCAACCCAGUUCCUAACUGAUUUAAAGGAGAUGCAGCAACGGUAUAGAAAUUGCAGAGAAGACCACCCACAAGAGAAAGUAGUCGUAAGUACUUCUUGAUUCUACAACGUUGCACUAGCUAAUUCAAGUUUCUUCUCUUUAGGAGAAGAAACUAAAUGAUGAUUCAGGGCAGAUAGCAAUAUCAUUAUGUUGGUGUCUGUCAAGGCCUUGUACAGCAUGGCAAAAACUUCAGUGCUGUUGUAUCCAGGACACACACGUAGUGUACUAUUUUUUAAAAGUUCAAUGAAAAACAAAGUAAAUUAAUUUUCUAAUUUAAUAUAGAUGUAGGUCAAACCCUGGUACCUAGGAACUUCCCUACAUACAAGAUGGUAGUAUUUGCUAACUUUCAAACCUCAGUGAAUUUUGUAACUCUCUUUUAAUGCUCAAACGUCUAUUCAGCAGCAUAGCACUGACAGUGAGCUUCUCAAAUAUGUACUUUAAGUAGUGUAGGAGACCUGUACAGGAAUUGUGUCAUGGCCUGGAAUACACUCUCCUCUCUUCUAGGGCACUGCUGACCUCCCAAUCUAAGGAAGCCGUCCACUUUAGGACAUAGUAUCUGCUUAUGCUUAGUAUAGCCAAACUUUAACUUGACUUAAAGAUGCAGAAUAGAACAUUUGAAGAGAGUGACAUCAAAUUAUAAUCCACUCUUUCAAAUAUGUCAGGUAUGAGAGACAAAUGGAAUACUUAGGAUAAUAGGCAAGUAAUUGGACAAUGUUUGUUUUCAAAGAGUUAAAAGUAAAGCCUUGUAAUUUUUUUCCUCCAACAACAGUAUGGAAUUUCCAGCAUUCCUGCUCUUCUGGUGGAAUCUCAACUAAUUUUGAGAGCUGAAAGUCAUUUUCGAAAUAUCAGCACAAGAUUACAAGAAGUUCUGAAUUUGCAGAAAAAGGAGCUGCCAGAGAAAUUUUAAAUGCUUUAUACAAUAUACCUUCUUCUUGCAACUAAGCAUAGUUAACAUCAGUUAAGUGUAUUCAUAUACCUAAUGGUUAUGACAUUGCAAUUCCAUUUAGAUUUUGUAUUUGCACUCUAACUUCUGAUAUAACAGAAGCAGCAAUUAUUUAAAUACUACCGUAUGCAUUUAAUAAAACAAAGCAAUGUGUUUAAA